ACAGACUUGGCAACCCUGGUUAGCUUCCUCCAUGUGCUGUGUUUCUGUAGGACUUUGUGCAGUAAUUCUCCUGAAAGCCACUGAAUAAAUUGCUCCUCUUGUAGGUGAAGGUGACUUUAAAGAGUCAAGCCCUCGACUUUCCGUGUAUCGGAGAGUAAAGAGCAGUGAGAGGGACGGACACUGAGCGAGACGAGAUGAAAUCAGAGGGAAUCGAAGGCUGUGAGAGGUUCCUGAGCCCGGGGAAAGGCCGAGGGGUCCGGGCCACCAGGCACUUCCAGGUGGGAGAGCUGGUAUUCACCUGUCCGGCUUACUCCUACGUGCUGACAGUGAAUGAGAGAGGAGCCCACUGCGAGUUCUGCUUCACUCGGAGGGACGGGCUGUCCAAGUGUGGGAAGUGUAAACAGGCCUACUACUGCAACGUGGACUGCCAGAAAGGGGAUUGGUCCAUGCACAAGCUGGAAUGCUCUGCCAUGUGUUCAUAUGGAGAAAACUGGUGUCCCUCAGAAACAGUUAGACUGGUGGCAAGAAUCAUCAUGAAGCAGAAAUUCCAGACAGAGCUGACUCAGUCUGAAAGAUUGUUAUCGCUGAAAGAGUUUGAAUCGCAUUUGGACAAGAUAGACAACGAGAAAAAUGAGAUGAACCAAACCGAUAUUGCUGCACUCCAUCACUUUUAUUCGAAGCAUCUGGAUAUUCCUAGUAAUGUUGCUCUCGCAGAGCUCUUUGCUCAGGUGAACUGUAAUGGUUUUACCAUUGAAGAUGAGGAAUUGUCUCAUUUGGGCUCUGCAGUCUUUCCAGAUGUUGCUUUGAUGAACCACAGCUGUAAUCCAAAUGUGAUCGUGACUUAUAAAGGUACAGUAGCAGAGGUUCAUGCUGUCCAGAAAAUCAGCCCUGGAGAGGAGAUUUUCAAUAGUUACAUUGACCUCCUAUAUUCCACUGAGGACAGGAACGAGAGGCUGAAGGAUUCAUACUUCUUUACCUGUGACUGCACAGAAUGCAUCACCAAAUCAAAGGACAAAGCCAAAAUGGAGAUUCAUCAGAAGCUGAGUAAUCCCCCUGAGCCAGAAGAAAUUCAGGAAAUGGUGAGGUAUGCCAAGAAUAUCAUUGAGGAAUUCAGGAGAGCCAAACACUAUAAGACUCCCAGUGAGCUUCUAGAGAUCUGUGAGUUAAGUCUGGAGAAAAUGGGAUCCAUAUUCGUUGACACCAAUGUGUACAUGCUGCACAUGAUGUACCAGGCCAUGGGCGUUUGUCUCUACAUGCAGGACUGGGAUGGAGCCAUGAAGUAUGGCGAGAAAAUAGUGCAACCCUAUAGUGUGUAUUACCCUCAGUACUCUCUCAAUGUGGCUUCUAUGUACCUGAAGCUGGGAAGACUUUACUUGGGACUUGAGAAAAAACCACAAGGAGUGAAAGCUUUAAAAAAGGCUAUUGCCAUCAUGAAUGUUGCAUUUGGAAAAGACCAUCAUUACAUCACGGAGAUAAAAAAGGAAAUGGAAGCGCAUAAGUAAAGGAGAGGACCUCUGUAAAUUCAAGGAUUGCUGUUCUGGCAUGCAACUAAUACCUCUGCUUGCAUACAAACCAGUGUCUGUUUCUCUCUGAUGUCAUUUUGCAUUUUUGUUUGUUUAUUUUACAAAUAAUGCUGACCUUGGUUCUUGAUAUUGAGGUGCUGGUUCUGUUCGCUGUCCUUACUCUGAAUAAAUAUGCACUGUUUAUGAGCAAGGGCUAAUAAGUAUUAAAUAUUUGUCCUAAAGGUCAUCUUAAAGAUGCUUCUUUAAUUUCUUUGCCAUAGCAUGCAUCAACUACUUCAUAAAAAAAAAAAAGAUUGUUUGCUUGGCCACAGAUUCAGUAACACCAUGUUUGGAUGCGUAUUUAACAUAACUAAAGACACAUGUCCCUGAUUCUAAAUAUUGAUAAUUGUCUAAAGAGUGUGGCCUUUGUUUCAUGCCAAAGUUCGACAGUAUCUGUAAAUCCUGUAAGGUUUUUGGCACAACCAAAAAUGAAUCAAUAAAAGCCAUUGGUUUUCUAA